AUGAGCUUCUCUGAAUCGAAUGAUUUUCAGAAUGAGGAGUACAGAUUUGAGGAAGUAGAUGAUUUCAUUGAUUUCGAAGAUUUGGCGUAUAAUGAUGUGAUGAGAUAUGAGGGCGAAUUGGGAAAGUAUGAGUUAUUUAAAGCGUUUGAUAGUGUAGAUAAGGAGAAGGAGAGGGAAUUGGUUGAAGAGAAUUAGAGUGAGAUGCAGAAGAUAUCAUCGACUCUUUGUAUGAGGGAGGAGGAGGUGUCAGAUGAGUCAGAGGAUGAAUCUUAGUUUCAAGGAACGCAAUCUAGAACGUGUAAUUCUGGGACUCUACAGAAAUCGAUUAGGAAGAGGAAUAGGGGCAAGGAAGAACCUAAGAGAAAGAUUAAGAAGUGGAGUGAGGAAGAGAAUAGGCGUUUGGAAGAUUUGUUUCAAAUUUACAAAGGAGAUUGGGAGAUUAUAGUUAGAUUUUUGGAAGGGAGGACAGUUUCAUAAUGUAAAUAACACUGGUAGCGUUUGAGUGGUGGUCAGGAGAAGAAGAAGAAGUGGACAGAGGAGGAAAACCAAAUAAUAUUGUCAUUUACAAAGGAGAAUCCGUAGUUUAAUAAUUGGGCUUUGAUUGCAGCAAGAAUGCAGGGUAGGAAUGGGAAACAAAUAAGAGAGCAUUAUAUGAAUCAGUUGCGUCCUGGGAUCAAGAAUAAGCAGGGUUGGAAUGAGGAGGAGGACAAGCAGUUGUUAAAUUUGUAUCAGCGAUAUGGAAGUAAGUGGUGUUAGAUAAACAAACAUUUUGAAGGGAGAACAGAAAUAAUGUUGAAGAAUAGAUUCAAUAAAUUGUAGAAGGGAAACACUUACAUCGACCACUUUCUCAAUAUAGAUGAUGAACCACAAUAAUAGUAAUAAUCUCACACAUUCUCUUUUAAUUGA